UUUCGACGCUGAAUAAAUCAAGCUGCCCCAUUUAUUCCUCGUGCUUUUAACCCACCUUCCCUUCUCCCCAGCUUUUCAAAGACAAAAACCAUUUUAUCCUUCUCCUCGUAUAAAUAAAUUUUCUCUUAUCUGAAAACAUCUCAAUUCUCGAACAGAUCCUUAAUGCAGUUGUAAAAAAGUUCAAAGAUCGAGGUAUUUGAUCUCGAAUCAUUCUCUGAAAACCAAAAAGAGCAAAGGGAGUAAACAGUUCUGUUUAGUCGGAAGUAUGUCGUGUUCACCGGAAUUUAUGGGUCAGAAACCAGCGAGGUCACCGGAGAAGUCAAGCUUUACUCAAACUUGUAAUUUGUUGAGUCAGUACUUGAAGGAGAAAGGUAGUUUUGGAGAUCUAUCUCUGGGAAUGACAUGCAACGUUGAAGCUAAUGGGACACCAGAGAUGCUGCGUCCUACAAUGAAUUUCUUUCCUGUCAAUGAGAACUCAGGCGAUGUUUGUGGCCGUAACGUUGCAGCUCCUAGGAAGUUGAGAUCCAUGGAUUUGUUUCCUCAACAAGCUUGUUUUUCAUCACCAGUUGCUAAGGAUGAUGGUCUGAAACGGGUUGAUUCUAGUGUUACUAGCAUGAACAAAUUUGCUGCCGUGGAGCCUCAAACUGCACAGAUGACUAUCUUUUAUGGUGGACAAGUGAUUGUGUUCAAUGAUUUUCCAGCUGACAAAGCUAAGGAGAUCAUGCUUUUAGCUGGCAAGGGCAGCUCCCAAAACAACAGCUUCAACCCCAGUCCUGCCAAGACAAACUCCCCUUUUACUUCUACCAUGGCCAGAACUACAAUUGAAUCUGGCAUUGGAGUUCCUCCUACCCCAAAUGUGGUUCAACCUGCUCAGCGACCCAUUCCUGGCGAUCUGCCAAUUGCAAGGAGAGCUUCGCUCCACAGGUUCCUAGAGAAGCGAAAGGAUAGGAUCACCACAAGAGCUCCAUACCAGAUAAGUAGCUCCGCAGCACCUCCUUCCAAGACAGGCGACAGCAAGUCAUGGCUGGGUUUGGCUGCUCAAUCACCACAGUAGUCUGAGCCAACAGCCAAGUUGAAUUCUUUUUUUGAGGCUUUUUUUAAGCAUGCUAUCCCUUUUUUUUCCAGCUGGUUUUAAGCCUGCUGUUUUCUUAGCUGGCAGUUCAUGCUUCCAAGUUAUCAAGCUCUGGCGAGCCCUCUUAGAUCCUAACUCUCAAUCCUAUCUCACUAUUAGUUUCUUGUAAUUAUUUCUAUUAAUAAGCAUUUAGUUGAUGUUAAUUUUGAAUCAAAAUUUUGUUCUUCUGUCAUGUAGAAAUCACUACAUGAUUGCUGUGGUACUCUUUGCGUAAACAAUUGCUGCUGAUGAGCUAUGAACUAUGAAGAACAAUGAAAUUGCUCUUGAAA